AUGAGAGAGCAGCUGGGAGGACAGUCAUUGACACGGAGAAGGAACACGGGCUGCCAGCGCAAUAACCAGGCCUGCUACGAUCCCAGCUACCCCGAAAACACCAGCCGAGCAUGGGCUAAGGAGCGCUGCGGUGUGCCCUGCGCUGGGAAGCCGACACGAAGAGCACAUAACCGGGCUGCUGUGGCUGCUGCGGCUGCAUGGAUCCCCUCUGCGGUGGCUCUGUCGACACUAAACAGGAAGGGACAGUCCACAUCCUUGGUUGUUAAAGAGGAGAUCUCCGACGACAACGCCAAGCUGCCCUGCUUCAACGGGAGAGUGGUGUCCUGGUUGGUGCUGGCAGAGAGCUCGCACUCAGACGGCGGUUCCCAGUGCACUGAGAGCCACCCGGACCUCCCCCCGCCGCUGGAGAGAACCGGGGGCAUAGGCGACUCCCGGCCCCCCUCUUUUCAUGCCAAUGCGGUGAGCAGUCGAGACGGCCUGGACACAGAGACGGGGACAGACUCUCUGCUGAGCCAUCGGAGGGAGAGGGAGCGAGAGCGCGCCCGGAGGAGAGUCAGGGAAACGCAGCUACCGCGGAUCAACGGUCACUCCAAAUCAGAGCGUACGGCCCGAGACUCCGCCAUGGGCUACGACAGCACGUCCAUCAUGAGCAGCGAGCUGGAGUCCAGCUCUUUUGUGGACAGUGAGGAGGACGAGGACGCCAGCAGGCUCAGCAGUUCCACGGAGCAGAGCUCGUCGUCACAGCUGAUGCGGCGGCACAAGCGGCGGCGGCGGAGGCAUAAAGUGACCAAGAUCGACCGCUCCUCCUCGUUCAGCAGCAUCACAGACUCCACCAUGAGCCUCAACAUCAUCACUGUCACUCUCAAUAUGGAGAAGUAUAAUUUCCUGGGCAUCAGUAUCGUGGGUCAGAGUAACGACCGGGGCGACGGCGGCAUCUACAUCGGCUCCAUCAUGAAAGGGGGAGCGGUGGCUGCGGACGGGAGGAUCGAGCCUGGAGACAUGCUGCUGCAGGUGAAUGAAGUCAACUUUGAGAACAUGAGCAACGAUGACGCCGUCAGAAUCCUCAGAGAAAUCGUUUCCAAAACCGGUCCUAUUAGUCUUACUGUUGCCAAAUGCUGGGACCCGUCUCCCAGAAGCUACUUCACAAUUCCACGUGCCGAACCGGUGAGGCCCAUAGACCCCGCAGCCUGGAUAUCCCACACCACAGCUUUGACAGGACCAUUCCCACACUACGAGUUUGACGACUUGCCGCUGUCCGUCGCUAAGACAGACAUGGCCACGAUGGUGAAGGUGAUGCAGCUGCCCGACUCUGGUCUGGAGAUCCGCGACAGGAUGUGGCUGAAGAUCACCAUCGCCAACGCUGUGAUCGGUGCGGACGUGGUGGACUGGCUCUACUCCAGAGUGGAGGGAUUCAAAAAACGUCUCGAUGCCAGAAAAUACGCCAGCAGUUUGCUCAAACACGGAUACCUGCGACACACAGUGAACAAGAUCACCUUCUCUGAGCAGUGCUACUACACCUUUGGGGACCUCUGCCAAAACAUGGCCUCUCUGAACCUGAACGAGGGCUCCAGUGUCGGCGGCUCGGAGCAGGACACGCUGGCCCCUCUCCCUCCGGCCGCCAACCCCUGGCCCCUGGGAGGACAGCCGUUCCCGUACCCCGCCUUCCCCUCGGCGCCCCCCAGCUUCCCCCCCGGAUACUCGGACCCCUGCCACAGCUUCCACAGCGGCAGUGCGGGCAGCCAGCACAGCAAGGCAUGUGGAGGCGCACUAGGGAGGUGUGUGUGUAAUUCUGUUGUUCCUCUGUUUAUGCUGGGCUACGGUAGACUGAAGGAGGAGGUAGACCCAGGACAUGGGGGAUCCGGAAGCCGGAGCAGUGGCUCCAACCCGAGUGCAGGCAAAGGGCAGCGCUGCUCUCCUCAGGAGAAGGGCCCUGAGCCUGAGACCCCCACAGCCCCCAGAGGUCACGCCCGCUCCAGCCAAUCACACCGCGGCCAGCCGUCCUUCAGCCAUGCCCCCGGCUCCUGCGCCCACAGUGACAGGAGCCACGCCUCUUCCUACGGGCCCCCAGGCUUACCUCCUCCAUACUGCCUGGCACGCCUCGCCCCCAAACUCUCAGGGGGCAGUGGCACUCCCCCUGGAGCCCCUCCUGGAGCCCCUCCUGGAGCCCCUCCUGGAGCCCCCCCGGGCCGAGAGCUGGCCUCUGUCCCUCCUGAACUGACCGCCAGCCGCCAGUCCUUCCAGCACGCCAUGGGAAACCCCUGCGAGUUCUUUGUGGACAUCAUGUGA